UCACCAGUGAUCAACGCUUCAAUUGAUGUCAAAUAAUAUAAGAGAUAAAAGAAGAGACGACUUAAGACUUUCUUCAGGCAUCUGUAGAAGACAAACGCGGAAAUGCUAUUGAGCUGCACGAAAGCGAGAAUAUUAAUGCGUUUAUAAAUAAACCGGAGGAAAAAUCCAGCGAGCCGCGGCGUCGCGAAGCUUUUGCUCCUCCGCUGACGCUAUCGCUCGGCUAGCGAUCCAUCAGAGGCACACGCCGCCGCUUAGUUCCGCUCCACCUGGCCGCCGUCGCGGCGAGAUACCGCUCGUUUUCGAGUAUUUCGAGAACGCGCGGCCGCGUUCUUCGAGUCUCGCCUCAUUUCAUUUUGGAACUCUUCACGUCGAGCUCACAAUAGCAGAUCAAGUAAAUGAAGAUUUCAUAUUCUUGGUAAGGAGAUGAAUGGAGGAAGGUAGAUAGCAGGAUAAAUAACAGGGAAGAGGAAGAAUAUAGAAGACAAGAGAAAAUAAACUAACUAAAGAAUAGAAUUUGUAAUUUGGAAGAAGAUAAAAGAAGAAUAGUGACUUGAGAAAAGAGUAGGGAGCGGAAGAAAAAAUUGAAAGUUGUACUGUUUAAUGAAGGAGUAAAACAGUGAUUUGUAAGAAGAACAGAAAAAAUAGAAACGCUACGAUAGUUUAGGAAUGAAGAGGAGACAAAUGAACUGAAAGAAAAUUGGAGAAGAGAAAAAAAUAUAAAGAAUAGGAGUAUGCUGUGAAUGACGUAGGAAGAAGAAGAAGAACAGGAAAAUACAGAAUUUUGGAGUAAAGGAAAAUAAAGUACUCGUUUGACAAGUAUAAAGAGAGAAACUCGAAAAUAUUAAUUUUGAAAUAAAAAGUUGCGAAUAAAUACAACAUGGGAAAAAUUGAUUGAAGGAAAUUUGGGAAGUUUGAAAGAAGAAAGUUUGUAGAGGAACGUUCGACUUGCUUUGGGAAACAGAAAAUUGGGAGGAGUUCUGGAGAGAAAAUAGAACAAGUUUCAGAAAGAAAAUGGGAAGACUCGAGAGAGGCGUGGAAGAACCCUGGAUGGACCAGAAAUUGAAGAAAUUUUAAAUGAGGAAUUGAGUGCAUCUUGGGGAGAAAAGUUGAAGAAGUUUCAUCUAGAAAUAAAAAGCUAAAUCAACAAUGGUUCGUAAAAGAAAUAAAAUUCUAAACAAUGUUUCAAACCAGUUUUAAAACAACCAAGUAGCGAAACAAAAGAAGAUAAAAAAGGUAAAAAUCCAAGGAACCAAUAAACUGAAUAAAUUUUAACACAAGAAUUCCAAAUUCUUCAAAUUGAAUUCAAAUUGAAUUGAAAAUUUUAAACUGAAAAAUAAAAUCAACUUACCAAUAAAAGAAACAAAAAUAUCUAACAACAAUCAUAGAACAAUUCUAAGAAUUCCAAUGAUAGAUAAAGUGAUCUGUUCAGUGAGUCAAAUGACAAGUAAAGUGAUCUGUUCAGUGACAUCCAAAAAUACCUUCGGCAACAUCGCGAAUGCCUUAAACGAAGAUCGAUCUUAGUGAUACGUUCUUUUCAGCAAACAGAGGUAGAGUUCCAUUCUGAGUAAAAAAUAAAUUGUUAAUCGACCAUUUGUUUAUUUUCCAAAUUAUCCGUAAAUGCUUGAAUAGUUAAGUGGCUGUAAAAAUGAGAAGUAAACACGAUUAAUCCCGAACGAUCAAUGGGAUACGAUUUCAGCAUUUGAUAAUAUUUCAAUACAGCUUCGAUGUUUUGUUUUCCUUUUAUACUCUUAUCUCGUAGACAGUCACCUGAUAGUAUUAUAUAAUAUUUCAUUUAUCUUUCUUUAUAUAGAAUUAUUUUCUUAAGAUAAAGAUAAUAUUACGUAUUUGGGUGGGUAAUAAUAAUAAUAAUAAGGUUGUUAAAAUUCUUACGGUAGUAAACUGAAAUUGUUCCUCGAAACCGGCAAGUAUUUAUAGAGAGCUUUCAGAAAAUGAAGCUUUCAAGAGAAGCCUUUGAUUUCUCACGAAUCUGUUUCCGCCCGAUGGAACAAUAUACCGAUCGAGCAUGCUGUUUACAAUAAACUCACUAUUGAAUGCAUCCAAAAAGAUAAGAGUAUAAAAGGAAACAUGCCAUUCAAUGUAGAACAAAAAUGAACUUCAUAAGAGGACCAUAAACUUCCACCAUGUUAUACGUAUACAUACAGUGUCUUCUGAAAAAAGUAUUAGUGUUACUUAUUGAAUAAAUCCUCAUCAUAAAAGCGCAACACGUACCAACCAUGCUGAAGAACUCGAAGCAAACGAACUCUGAGACAGCAGUGUCCCCUAGUUCCGGUCCAGCUAGUCCUUCUGGCGUCGAGACCACCCCGAAGCCCAGGAAGAAACUCUCGUUCAAGGAACCUGAAAUAUUCAACUAUCUAAAGUUGAAGAAACCUUUUAAAAAGACAAAACCUCCGCCUCUUCAGUUGAUGCAUUCGACCACAAGCGUCGAUUUUAGCUUCGAUGAGAACCCCUUUGAGGAGGAGAACGAUGACCUCGAAGAGCUCGAGAGUCAAGCGAUGAGGGUGGUCAGAACGGUAGGACAGGCUUUCGAGGUGUGCCAUAAAUUAAGUUUAAACAACGCCACGGAAGAACGGGACCGGGGGGAGAAAGAGAGAGAGAGGGAGCACGGUGAGAAUCAUCGUGACGUUUACGAGGAUCAAGACGAAAUUCCGAAUGAACAGUCGCAACCGUCGCCGUCUUCUGUGCAUAAAGAUAUAUCGCUAUUAGGGGACGUAGAAGAUUCGGUACCGGAACAGACGACCGUUCCUUGUCUUCUGAGAACGCACGAAAUUCCAGCGACUACAGCGUCUACCUCCCCUAUUAGACAAUCGCCAUCGGGCACAGUGACCUCCGAUUGCGGAGGCUUACUGGUUGGAGGCGAAUUAACUGCUCUGAAGCACGAAAUUCAGCUGUUGCGAGAACGAUUAGAGCAACAGAGCCAACAGACCAGAGCCGCUGUUGCCCAUGCGCGACUGCUUCAGGAUCAGCUUGCGGCUGAAACAGCAGCUCGAGUCGAAGCUCAAGCCAGGACGCAUCAAUUGCUGAUGCAAAACAAAGAACUUCUAGAACAUAUAGGUGCGUUAGUCGGCCAUCUUCGAGAGCAAGAAAGAAUCUCGAGUGGUCACGUAACUUCACAGCCUCAGUUGCCUGGCUCAGCGACGAUGCAACAAACUACCACCGUUCCUGAUCUGUCGAACCUCGGCCAGUGCCAACGAACAGGAGGACAAAGUUCACCAUGGGAACUGGAUCCACCAUCUCCAUACUACUCUUAUCCACCAGAUUCCUUAUACCCUGGAGGUUUGAAUACAAUAGGAAUACAAGGAAAUAGUUGUCCAACAGAUCAGUUACAGUUUCAAACACAACUCCUAGAAAGGCUGCACAACAUAAGUCCAUAUCAGCCUCAAAGGUCACCUUAUAACACGCCUUCUCCUUAUACAAUGGGUCCCAAUCUUGUUGUACCUCCUAACAAUAGGCCAGUCAGCUCAGCCCAGUUAUCUCCGAAUUCCAUGUCAUUAAGAGCUUCUCAACCAAACAGUUUCUGUUCAUCACCCAUAAUGACGCACAAAGUAGAUAAUUAUAUCGGAAGUUCAGAGACUACAGAGUUGAAGACAACAUUUAUUAAACCUUUACCCUGUACAGGCGAAAGGAACGUCAGCCACGUAGUUCAGGAGACAAAGAGUAAGCAGGAUCGAAUCAAUCUGCAUGACGAAAUUCCACCAAUUGUGUUGGAUCCUCCGCCUCAGGGUAAACGCUUAGAUACAACACCUAAGCAAUUGCCGACCAAAGAAAACUCCAACGGUCAAGCGUCGAAUAAACAAAGUUCACAAAAUCAGAAAAACUUGGCUACCAUAUUAAGAACUCCUGGUCCACCACCGUCUCGCACAACCAGUGCUCGUUUGCCUCCAAGAAAUGAUCUGAUGUCCGAAGUGCACAGGACUACCUGGGCGAGACAUACAACCAAGUGAUAAAAGAUCUUUUCCAGAGUAGUUUCUGAAAAAUUUUAUUGUCUACUAAACAUAUCAUCUCUUGGGUAGAACUCUUUUUAUAAAAAAUAAUGUUUUCUUUUCUAUAUUUUGUAGUAUGUUUUUGAUCGCGAAUUAAUUUGGAGUUGAUUGUUUGGCCGCUAUAUAAACUGUUUAUAUUAUAAUGCAAUCAGAAUUAAUUAACUGUUGUUACAAUUAUUCUUGGUUUUAAAUAUAGCCAAAACCAUUGUCUACACACAAAAGUUCUACCCAAGUAAGCUUAUUAUUAAAUGUAAGGACUAAGUGAAGCGUGUAAAUGCGUUGUUUUUCUUAUAAACGUUGUAGAGUGUUCAUAGGAGGUGGGAUUUUAAUUAUCGACGUAACAAACAGAAAUAAUAGUUCCAAGUGAUUGUUAACAGUUUUUUUUUGAAUGAUAAAAUCAGACAUUGAUAGCGGAAAGUAUAAAUUUAGUGUAUCCUUUAGAUUUGGCGAACUCGUGCCAAAAGAGUAGAGCUUUUAAUAAAGUGUAUUUACAACAAGCGAGCAAAGAAUUUGUGAUCAGCGUGUGACAAAUAAGUGUAUAUAAAGUAUAUCAUUCUUGUACAUACUUAUUACACAUCUAUAACUAAUUUUACAAGUCGAACUCUGUACUGUAAAAUAGAAAGAUGCAGAUUUAAUCUGGUGUUAAAUUCUUAUGAAUUUUAUCCAACAUAUUUCUUGGGAAAGAAAAUUCUUUUUGUAUUGUAUGUAUGGAAAAAUUAUUGAACGUAAAAAGAAAAAGACAAAUCUAUAUGUUGAAUUCAGAAGAGUGUAUAAAUAUGUAGCUCUGACAUGUUAAACUCGCAAUUAAAAUAAAUUAAGAUAAAUAAUUGGUUUAUGAAAACGUUGAAGCCAUCAGAAAGAAUAUUUAAAAAUUACAAUGGCCAAUAAAUAAAAUGCUCUGUGAAAAA